CGAAAAAGCAAAAUGCGCCUAUGAGACCUCUGGAACUCUGAAAAUCUCUCUCUCUCUCUCUCUCUGAGAGUCAGUCCAAGCGAGCGGCGGCGGCGGCCAUGGACGACGACGAGCCCACGCCGCCGAUCUACCUCCUCCCGGAGGACACCCUCAGCCAGAUCUUCGCCUCCCUCCCCCUCCGCCAGAUCAUCAUCUGCCGAUCCCUCUCCAAAUUCUUCCUCCAAACCCUCACUUCACCUUCCUUCCUCCGCCUCAUCUCCCCCCUCUUCCCCCUCCGCCUCCUCGCCCUCCGCCCUCCCCAUCACCACCACCACCACCAUCACCAUCACCUCCCCAGCCCCUCCCCCCCCUCCCUCCUCCACGCCUUCGACCCCCACGACAACCUAUGGCUCCGCUUCUCCCUCUCCUUCCUCCCCUUCCGCUCCCUCCACCCCGUCGCCUCCUCCCUCGGCCUCGUCUAUCUCUGGGGCGACUCCGCUGACUCCCGCGACCCUGCCAAGUCCCUCGUCGCCUGCAACCCCCUGACUCGCCGCUUCUCCGUCCUCCCCCAGUUGGGCUCCGCCUGGUCUCGCCACGGCUCCGUCCUCGUUGACUCUGCCAACCGGGUCAUGGUCCUCACCGAGCUCGCCGCCCUCUACUUCGCUGGCUCCGGCUCCGGCUCCUGCUCCAGCUCCGGAUCCACCCGGUGGCUCAAGUUCUCCUCCAACCUGCCCUCCAAGCCCCGCAGCCCCGUCCUGGCCUCCAACGCGGUCUACGCGCUCUGCGACAUUGGGUCUCCGUGGAGGAGCCAGUGGAAGCUGUUCUAUUGUUCGCUCAGGCCUCUCAAGUCGGCGCACCACUGGAUCAAGCUGGAGAAGCACGAGUGGGGUGACGUGUUUGACAUUUUGAAGCGGCCACGCCUGGUGAAGGGCACUGAGAAUAAUAUUCUGAUGGUGGGCGGAUUGAAGUCCUCGUUCGCGCUGAACGCGUCCUGCUCGACGAUCUUGAUACUGAAGUUGGAUUUGGUGACGCUGGAGUGGGAAGAGGCCGGGCGGAUGCCGGUUGAGAUGUUCCAGUGCUUCGCGGAGUCAAGCAAGUUCAAGGUGUUUGGAGGCGGGAACAGGGUGUGCUUUUCGGGGAAAAGGGUCGGGAGAUUGGCAUUGUGGGAUUGCUUCGACAAGAAAGCGGAGUGGAGGUGGAUAGAUGGCAUUCCGGCGCCCGGGGACGGUUUCUGUAGAGGGUUUGUGUUCGAGGCAGGGCUCACCGAGUUGCCUUGAUCAAUCGGUCUGUGAUUGUGUACUGGUUUUGCAUGUGAAUGCUCAUUUGGGGGCCGUAAGGUUUGACAAACAUGCGAAAAACAAUCCUUCUUGUUAUUGUUAUUGUUGAUAAUGUUGUUGUAUCAGUGGAAUUUUACUUGUCUUCUUGUUAAGUGCUUUGCCAAUUGUCCAUCAGGCGUUGCCAUUUCUAUUGGAAAAAGCUUGAAUUGUAAUGGGUCAGUUGACGACUUUCGAUCAAACUCACUGACUAGCUAUAGCUAAUAUACUUCUUGAGAUUGUCCUUGUGA